AUGAGCUCAGUGUGUUUGAGUAAUUGUAGCAGUCAACACUUUCGUUAACUUAAACUUACCAAAACUUAAAUGGAUGAUCCUGACGCAUACAAGCUUUCAAAAGCUUUACGUGGUGACAACCGUGCACAGCUCAUUGAAGAGUUCGCUCCCAAAUUCAAUUGGCGUUCAGACGGCAAAGAUUCUGUGCUGGAUAUCGGCUGUGCAGGUGGUAAUGUUACCUGCGACCUGAUUUUACCCAAAUUGCCUCCGACCUUUUCGCAACUGGUCGGCAUCGAUAUCUGUGACAACAUGGUUGACUACGCGACGAAAAAUUAUCCAAUACCAAAGACAUCGUUCAAGAAGCUGGAUAUUGGAGCUGACAUCAGCGAGUUCAAGCAUGCAUAUGGUGCAUUCGAUCACAUCAUUUCGUUGUUUUGCUUUCAUUUGGUUCCUGAUCAAAGGCAGGCAAUACAGAACGUCUAUAAUUUGCUUGGGCCGGGUGGUAAUUGUUUUUUACACUUCAUAUGCGAGUAUGUUGCUUUCGAUGUGUACAAGGAGACGUACCCGAAGUGGUCCGAAUAUAUGGAGGACAUUGACGACUUCAUAUCACCGUAUUACCGUCGAGUCGAUCCCGCGAGUAUGAUCAGAAAACAUGUCAAAAAUGCUGGAUUUAGCUCGUACAUAGUGGAUGAAAGGCGAAAGUGGUACGCUUAUCACGAUGUUCAACUGUUUAAAAGAGCAUAUGCACCAGUCAUUUCUUUCUUCAGCCGAAUACCAGUGGAAAGGCAGGAAGAAUAUCUGGACGAUUUUGUCAUGGUCGCAUUGGGCGUUAAACCCGAUCCUGGGGUGGAAGUGGAAAAUUUUAAGGCCGGGCAGGACGUGAAUAUAUUUGUUGCUUAUAAAACUGUGAUAGUAUUCGCACAAAAGUAAAAAGAUUAAUGCAACCAACACACUCGAAGAACAGGCAAAAGAACAAAAUUUAAAUAAGGGGCCGACACGACGCAGUACUCCAUAAAUUCAUUUUUUUUAUGUUGGUGGGACGUUUCAUACAAAAUAAGACGCUAAUAAAAUCUGUUCCUUUGCCUGUUCUUGGAGUGCGUUGAUGAAACGACUGUUUCGAUUUUGGGAGUUUGUAAUUCUCUCGGGAGAGAAAAGUCAAAUUCGACGUUUUUUUUGAUGUGGGAGCUAUUGUGGUUUGUAAAUGAUUCCACGCAACAUUUGCUUAGCAAAUGAAAAUCCAGAUUGUUUAUUUUAGUGAAAUCAUUGUUGUUGUGAUCGCGUGCAUAACAAAAAAUCAAAAAAUAAAAAUCUAGAUUUUCAUUUAUUUGUCAUUUUUCAUUUGUUCAAAUUCUUGUGGAACAAAUUACAAACCACAAUAAGUUCCAAAUCAGAAGACAUGUCGAAUUUCACUCUUCACUCCAUCUAACGAAAUGAGAAUCUAGAUUUUGUACUUUAUGCCGUUUUGCCAGAUAUACGCACGUGACUCGCAACGAAAUACAGAAUCUAGAUUUCCCAAUGUUAUAUAACCAACCCACAGCAACUUCCAAAAUCAGAAAAUAUGACGUAUUUCAAGCUUUUCAAGUUUUACGUUACGCUGUCAUAUCAAAGAAAUAAAAAGUACAAUAUCAUAA